UUUAAAUUAAUUAAAGAGUUCAGACAUGAAACAUUACAUUAGGCAUUGCGCAAAGAAAUAAAAGACAUUGAGUGUGAUAACGUCGGAUCGACCAUCCUUAUAUAUUUUGGGGUGAUAUUAGUAGACACAGUUGGCAUCGUUAAUGAAUUAUGAUGAAUUCAUCGAAACGGGACCUUGUAUUCCAGGAACGACAAGGACUUGCAAAAAAGAAAAGGAUAUAAGUAAAGACAGUCACAAUAAGUUAGAGCACUCGCUGAUCGGUAUGGAGUGCUGUAAGCUGUGCGGCAAGAGCGUAGCCAACAUAAAAAAGCACAUGAAAUCGCACAACCCCGACAAGCACCAAUGUCAAAUAUGUCUGAUAUCGUUGACCAGGUCUGACAAUCUGAAAAGGCACAUUAAGUUGAAACACGGCAUGCAGGAUGUGAUAUCGCCGUUUAUGCGCAUGGACCACAAGCAUUUCUUAGCAAAAUCCGAGGCGGGUUAUUUGACUUAGUAAUUCUUGCGUCGCAUAAACACACAGUGCGUCCAUGUGCAAAGUAUACUAACCGCGGGAUUGUGCGAGGAUCUUCGAAUCGGGUAAGCCUGUCAGGAACUCGAUUACUGACCUUAUCGGAAUAUACUAUGUAUAAUUUAAGGUAGUAGAGUAUAGAUACAACGGUCCGCUUCGCGCCAAAGCGACAGCAAGUUACAGGACCGUGUCUCUCGAUAGAUUCCACUCAUCUUUGGAUCUUUCCGAUACCUCGGAUACCUGGAGAUCUUCCGAUUCAUAAAUCCUCGUAUAUUCUACAUACAUAAUUUAUUUUUGCGUAAUUUAUUUUUCUAUCAUAUAAAUCGUAAGUGUAGAUUUGCAUGCAUGCGUUUGCAGGGAGUUGGCCUGGAACUCGUGUAACUUGUGCCCAUGUCAUUUUACACGUUACUUAGUAUUAAUCGCCACGGUCGAUAUGUCGCACGAAGGACCCUCCUCGUCGCAUAGCUAUACGUGACGAUUACAUCGUGUGCGCGUGCGUCUCUUUAGAGAGCACUAUAUUUAAACUAAAAUUAAAUUUAUUUAUUCUUGUGCGUUUAGCUCCUAAGUAUUUAAUGCUAAUGAGUAAGGACACGGGGAUCUCUUUCUCUCGCUUGAGACAAGCAGAUUCCCUUAGUUAUAGCGGAGUGUUCGUAGAAUCCGUGUAAGCUGGAGAUCUCAGUGAAAGUAAUGUCGAGUACAAAACUUCAUUCCUGUUCUACCUCCCGUUGAUCGUCCGAAUGACGUAUCGUUCUGAAAUACGGAAGACGGAGUAACGUUCCUCCAAGAUUACGGACUAUCGCCGGAUCUUGUAAUCAUCCUCCCUUUCGUCACUUUCGUGUCACGCCCGGAUCCGCGGACUUCCGCUCCGACUCCGAGGAUCUCGCGGCUUCCCUUGAUCCCUGCGUCCUCCGGACGCUAGGGUUUUCAGAUUCCUAGAUUUUUGGACUCCAGCAUCUUCGACUAUCGUCUGUAGGCGCGCAGGAAAAAUAUAUGAUCUAAACGAUGUUAAGUAUCUCUUAUACGCACGCGUCACGAAUGGUUUUGCACCGUUCCGAUUAUC